AUGGCUUUGUGGAGCAAAAAGUCCAGAGCUGACAAGAGAUCCCAUGCUCUGAACAUUGUGCUCCUGGGGAAGAGUGGGGUUGGGAAGAGCUCGUGUGGGAGCACCAUCCUGGGGAGAGAUGCAUUUGAGACUCGUGCCUCCUCGUCUUCUGACCCUGUAACGCUGGCAAGUGAAAUGUCCAGUGGACGUGUCAGAGGGCGUCAACAAGAAAAAGUGCAAACAGUGGACUGUGUGAGGCUGGUCCUGACAGGGAAGACUGGAGUUGGAAAGAGUGCUACAGGAAACACCAUCCUGGGAAAGACGGAAUUUGAGUCUUUUUCUUCGGGAAAGUCUCUCACAAAAAAAUGUAAGAAAAGGACAACAAUGAUAGGUACCAGAAUGCUGCAGGUCAUUGACACCCCAGGUCUGUUUGACACGGCUGUCUCAAAUGAGAAGAUCAAAGAAGAGAUUGGGAAAUGCAUCACCAUGUCCUCACCAGGACCCCAUGUGUUCCUGCUUCUGAUCUCUGUUGGACGCUUCACCCAAGAGGAGAGAGACACAGUGAAGAUGAUCCAGGACACCUUCGGAGAGUACUCCAGAGCAUACACAAUGGUGGGCUUCACAAGAGGAGACGAUCUUGAUGAAGGCCGGAGCAUUGAGGACCACAUCCAGACAGGUCCAGCUGCUUUGAAAGAACUGAUUAAUUACUGUAGUGGCCGGUACCAUGUCUUCAGUAACAAGAACAAAGGCACACAGAAACAACAGGUUGUAUCUCUCCUGGAGAAGAUGGACAAAAUGAUUCAACAAAAUGGAGGAAAGUUCUACACCACCGCCAUGUUUGAGGAGACAGAAGCAAAGAUCAGAGCAAGAGAGAUGAGAUUAUUACAGCAGAGAAUGGAAGAACUGGUGCACGCAAAUAAAGACAAAAAAGUCUCAUUUUUAGUUAAUGAACUAUCCAAGAUCAAGCUGCCAUGGAAGAAGAAGUCCAAGGACCUACCUGAUAAAUUUGUCAAGGACAUGGAUGAAGACAUGAUAUGGUUCGAAGACUUGCUCUCUAACUUGGAGAAGAACCAGGACAAGAAGAUCAGUGAAAUAGAUGGCAAAAUGUUGGCCGAGCUCAUCAGUGCUCGUGAUGGUAUUCGCAAAGAAGCGGAGAAAGCCGAGGCAAAAGCUGUGGCUAAAAAAAUCAUGAAAAGUGCACCAUAUCAUAAGAACUUAGCCAGCAGUUACACUAACUUACUUAAUGACUCACUUAGUUAUCCACAGGCAAACAAUCAGUAUGAAUAAAUAAGAUUUAUGUGUUUAGUGUAUUGGAAAUUUGCUAUUGAAAGAGCAUUCUUAAAAUAUCUUCAAUGGUUUGAAAAAUGCAACUCAAGUACUUCUUUCGGAAAAUGUUAUUCUUCACUGAACAGUAUAUUUUGCUUGGGUUAACAAGACUAUGAGCUAUCAAAAUCAUCAUUGGGACUUCCUUAAUAGUAUGAUACACCUGUAAACUUUUGAGUCUCAUAGAUGUUAUUCUUACUAUUAUUAUUUUUAGCAUAUAUAUUUUGAUGCUUUAACUGCCCUAAUGUCAUGGUCUUUGAAUGGGAUAGUUUAGUUAUACUGUAUAUACAGUAUUAGUAAUAUAUAUAUUUUUUUUACUGCUGUCCUUAAUUGAAUGUUUAAUAU